AUGGAUAAUAUUAAAAAUUAUAUUGCGGAUCAAAAUUAUCAGGAACUUGUUAAAUUCUGUGAAGAUUUGGAGUUGGAAUUGGCAGUUAAUCCAGAUCCUAAUAUAACACCAGAAGAAUUUUACGGACCAUUUCUUUUUGGAUAUUUAUUUGAAGAUGAUCUUUCAUCAAAAGAAUUAAAUUUAAUUUGGAAUGUUGUUAUGGCUUUAUGGAAAAGAGAUCAUGAAAAGUUUUAUGAAAAUGUCAACUCAAAUAAAUGGAAUCAUUUAUUUACGCCUUUGAUUGAACAACUUGCUGAAAAGAUAAGACAAUCAAUGAUUAAUCUUAUAUCAGAAGCAUAUUCCUCCAUAUUAAUUGAUGAAUUUAUUAAAUAUGUCGGAUUACCAAAGGAGAACGCUUUAUCAAUUGUAGAAGGACAAGGUUGGACAAUUGAUAAUUCAAAAAAUAUGUUAUAUCCAAACAAAAUUGUCAAGGAAGAAUUUAAACCAAUCUCUCUUAAUAAUUUCUCACAACUUACUGACUUGGUAACCAACUUGGAAAAAUAUUAA